CUUCCAUUGAGUGACAUUUGGAAGGGAGGAAAACGACGGAUAAAAAGGAGAGCGACCAGACCACCGCUACCGCCACCAUCUCGUCUUGCCAACUGCAGUAGGAAACGCUUCGUGAAUUCGUCUUCCACAUUUGAGGAACGAUAGGAUUAAAAGUAAGAUGAAUGAAAGAUAAACCGAUUGUGAAGUUGUCUGGUCCCUUUUUUUUUGGCCGUAAGGACAAAAUCAGCCUGCUUUUGCUCCGGGUUUUUUGCGUUGUUUGCCAUUUCCAGUCCACGCCGUGAGUCACCUUUUCUCCCAGCAUUCUUCAAAAGGAGCCUUCGCGGAGGACCACACACAUCGCGGCAGGCAGAAUUUUACAAAAUCAUUUUCACAAUAUUCGACAUCAUUCUGACAAGAGUAUAAUUAAGUCGUGUGCCGUACUACUAAUAAAUGGGGACUUUCCGGAGGCUACUAAGUUUUAAGAGGGGUUGGACGCAUUGCUGUGACGUUUUGUUAGUGUCACCAUGGCAACGGACGCCAACGCCACUUUUCACCUUGUCUGUUUCAAAGAACUGCCUAGCGAGCGGUCGGUCGGUCGGUCCAUCUUCUGACUUUUGUUGUUGAUGGGACCAAAUCAAAUGUUCUUUCGCUGCUUUGAGCAUCUGUCAAAUAAAUCAACAGGCGUGAUGUCGACGCGAGGUCCAAGCAUGAGCGUCUUACCGCCCGUUCGCAAGGAUCGCAUCAUUCCGCAGUUUCCUCAGUGUUUCUGCGAAGAUGCGGCGCUCCAGGCGGGGCGCGACUUUAACCCCAAAGUCAAGGCAGCGUGCCAGCAGCAGCGCACCGGCACGGUCGGGUUUAAAAUUGCCAAGGUGAUUGUGGUGGGCGACUUGGCGGUGGGCAAAACCUGCCUGAUUAACAGGUUUUGCAAGGACGCUUUUGACAAGAACUACAAGGCCACCAUCGGCGUGGAUUUUGAGAUGGAGCGCUUCGAGGUGCUCGGCGUCCCUUUUAGCCUGCAGCUGUGGGAUACGGCCGGUCAGGAGAGGUUCAAGUGCAUCGCCUCCACCUACUACAGGGCAGCGCAGGUGGUGAUUAUCGUGUUUGACGUGACCGACAUCGCGUCUUUGGAUCACACCAGGCAGUGGCUGGAAGACGCCCUGAGAGAGAACGACCCCACGGCAGUUCAACUCUUUCUGGUGGGCACCAAGAAAGACCUGAGCUCUCCGGCUCAGUACUCGCAGAUUGAGCGAGACGCCCUCCAGGUGGCGCGGGAGAUGCGAGCCGAGUAUUGGGCGCUGUCGUCGCUCACAGGGGAGAACGUGAAGGAGUUCUUCUUCCGGGUGGCGUCGCUAGCGUUUGAAAACAACGUCCUGGCCGAGCUGGAGAAGAGCGGGACCAGGCAAAUAGGCAACAUCGUCAAAAUCCAGAGCGCCGGCGGCCAGCCGUCCAAGAAGAGGAAGCAGCCGGCCUGCUGUCAGUGAAAAAGGGCCGCACGCCAGAGGGAGGAAACGGAAAGGCCUCGUG